AUGCCGUAUCUGACGCGACUCGGAGCGUGGACGACGUUGUAUUUCUAUCGCGCCAAUACAAACGCCAACGACUUGUAUCUACCUAGGGCAAAGCUUCACCUACUGUUCCAAGCAAGCAGCUCUGCAGCCUUUCACUGCUACAGUCAUCAAGCACUUCCAGCCACCACCUGUGCAGUCAUUCUCCUCGUUCAGCACCCGUCCGGCAGCACGCCAUUCAUCCUCGAGCUAGCCGAUCGCAGACUGGGAUAUCGCAGUGCAGAGAUUAGCUCGGACAUACAAUGGACAUCAGCUAUCGAAGCUCGAGAUGCCCUCAUACGAUACUACGGCAACCGAAACUGGCCUGAGAAAGGAAGGAUUGGGAGGAUUGGAUGUGGGAAGUCUCUACCUGGCUGUGGAAAUUGCAUGAGUACGAUACAGAGCUGGCGGCAUAUCGUUUUUUGUGGCGCCUACAAGGGACUGUCACCCUUCGCCUACACGCUCGUCUACCCCAUCACCGAUACCAUUCGAGGUCUCGCUUUGGAGUACAUACUCGGCUCAAACAUGGAGCAAGUCAAAUCCGGUAUUGACGUGUCCCACGAAGAUGCCAAGACCAUCUCCAGCCGUUGCUGGACGCGUUCUGUGGUACCGAGGCAGAGAACUACGUACUGCAUAACGACAUUCACAUCGGCAACAUCACAGCCUGGUUGUCCUGACAAGGAGUGGAGGGAUAUCGUUAAAGGGGGUGCCGAUACGCGCUUUAUGAAGAGAGUUCUGCUGGAUCCGAAGAAUGGAGGCUGGAAGAAGAAUGUCACGCCAUUCGAGAUGUCAGACUACCACUACGACCAGCCUGUGGACUUGUGUGGAGAGUAUGCCAGAGGGCUACCAUACGGUGAUGACCACCUAGAUGCUGUCACUGUGUCUGGCUUUGAGAUUACGAUAUCUGUCAUCCCGCUCGCGUCUUUGACACGUCGCAGUCUUGUGAUUCAAAAUGUACUCGUUUUGGGAGCAGGUCUGAUGAUUGAUGAUUUUUCCCUUGACUUCCAUUGGAGCUGUCGCCUUCACACUUUCUCCGGAAUGGUCACAGCAACAGCGUGGACACGUGUGGACUGGACGGAGAAGGAGAAGUGGACCAAGAGCCCAAAUCUUAAAUGUCUCUAUGGCUUGUUGUCAAAGCACGCACAACCAGUAGCGUAUCCAAUGGCAUACGAUCUUCCUGAUCACAAUGCUCCCGCUCACGCCGUCUUUUCAGAACGGGGCUUACCAAUCCUAGACAUCGAUGGGGGCGAUUAA